GCGACGGAUUGAAUGAACCACGAUUUUAAGAGCGCAUGUUAAUCGAAACAUUGCGAUGAAUUACUGAACUGCAGGAAGGAAUGAGAGUCUGAGAUUAUUAAUUGACCUGUCAGCUUAUUACGAAGUCAAUUAUACAGGAAUCAGCACUUGCGAGCGGAUUUUCCGGACAUAGUAAACGAAUCCGGUUGUUGGGACCCCUCAUUUCGAGAUUGCGAGGAUAUUUGAAGAGGAAGAACGAACGCGAUUGAGUACGACUUUGGAAUUUAGAUGGUAGUUACAGGAGGGUGAAAGAAAAAACAACAUAUCAUCCGAUUCAUAUUGCGGUAGGAGAAAUCACCAAGCGCAAGUAUGUUCCGCGCAACGAUAUCAGGACUGAGGGCUGGGGGAAUGCGCCAGUUCAUCACAGCUUCUCGGACUACGAUUCAAAAUACGACAUCUACAAGAUCAGCUAUUCUGCGCAACCUGCCACAACGACCUAUAACUACAUUAACCUCUACUCCUAUAAAUUCUCUCCGCUCAAAAUCCCGUUCGCAAACUACCAAUUUUACAUUUUCCUCGAAUCCGAGACCGUCUUCGGAAACAUUAUUCCAACGUCUUCGCACAAGAACAAAUAGAUACUUUCACAAUUCAAGACCGAGGAGGAAUGGAGAAGCAAAGCCUGAAAAUUUGGGGGAUGAUACCAGUCUAUCAGGGAGAAUGAAGAAAUUGAGUAGAGAAUAUGGGUGGAGUGUGGUGGGAGUCUAUAUCUUUUUAUCUGCGGCGGAUUUUCCAUUUUGCUAUUUGUUAGUCAGGACGCUGGGAACGGAUAGAAUUGGUGAAUGGGAACACACAAUAACCUCCUCCAUCAAAUCCAUAAUCCCCGAAUCCAUCAAAACCACUUUCCACGAAUGGCGUGUCGCCAUGCAAAAAGCCUCACACGAUGUUACCGGAUCCGGCAAGCUGGGCGACGGAGUAGAAAUGGCAGGAUGGGGUGUAGAAGAAGCAGAAGAGCGCAAUAAAAGGGAUGCUAGUUUAGGUACUCAACUGGCUCUCGCUUACGCGAUCCAUAAAUCGUUUAUUUUUAUUAGAGUGCCGUUGACGGCGGCGGUGACCCCGAAGGUUGUGAGGACGCUGAGGGGUUGGGGAUGGGAUAUCGGGAAGAGAACGACUAAGGAAGCAAAGAAGAUCGCGGCGGUGAAACAUGCGGCUCAACCGGCGAAACCUCUUAGGACGAAGGUUAAGAAGGUCUUUCAGACGAGGAAGAAGUAGAGAUGAUUGAGAAAGGGCAUGAUUUGAAGGAAUGAAGUGUAUAUAUGGGUAUGGUACAUAUGUUUGGGGAAUCUCACUCUACUGUAAUUAUGUAUGAAGAAAAGUGGUACAUGAAAGUGGUACAGUGGAAGAAAAGGAUAUGAAUGAAAUGGAAUGGGAAGGGAGAAGGAAGGAAUGUUACGAUUAGUAUAGCAUGGUAGUGUAUGUGGUAUGGUGAAAAGAAAAAAAGCAUUGGAAGGAGUUCAUCGUGUGUUAUCCAUAUAUCACAAGCUACACAGCACGCAUAGAUAGCAAUGGAUAGGUACUUUUGGAUUGGAAGGGAAAGUGAUAUCAAAUAGAAUGCUCUUCUCUUGUUGUUUGAUGGUAAUACAUAUUUUGAGGUUAUGAA